GAGCUCGCUAUAAAAAAGGGCGACAGCCGACCCGAAACUGACUGUGUGAAGAUCUGUCCCUAAGUUGUAAAAAUCCUAUUUCAGGACGAAAAAAUAGCAUUUUUGCCGUGAAAUUAGCGUCAUUCGAUUGCUUGUCUGUUGUUCUCGUUAAAGCCCUAAAAUUCCAGCCAGUUAGUGCCGGAAUAGUGCACUAUCAGCGCGUUCGAAAAAGAACGGAACAGGAAAAUGUGCGACCAAUUGGCGAGAUUGCACGGAUGCAACAUUUUCAUCAUCGGCGAUAAUGACAACCUCGUCAACAAAUAUGGCCACAAUGUAGCGAUCGUUUGCGGCUAUGAUCCGCAAGGGAUGAGUAUCCGAGUGUUUCGGGAAGGCAGUCAGCAGCAGCUGGAAGAGUAUCCUAUCAACGCGAAAACUACCCAUCUCAAUCAUGGCAUCACAUCACAUAUUCUGGUAGUAGGAGGCGAUAUGAUCUACGUCAAAUUCGGAUCCAAAGCAGACUGCCAGCUGUUCCGGCAACUGCUGCAGAAGAUGUCCGGCAAGGUCAACUCAGUAUUCAAUCUCCGCACGGAGGAUUCGUCAGCAUCACAGUAUUUUCAGUUCUAUGGCUAUCUCUCGCAGCAGCAAAACAUGAUGCAGGAUUUCGUUCGAACGAGCACCUACCAACGAGCUAUCUAUAGCAACUCACAGGACUUCCACAACAAGAUAGUACUGGAUGUAGGCGCCGGCUCGGGUAUCCUAUCUUUUUUUGCCGUUCAGGCAGGUGCAGCUAAGGUUUACGCAGUUGAAGCUAGCAAUAUGGCCCAGUACGCCCAGCAGCUAGUGCACUCGAAUAAUCUCGAUGGGAAGAUUACCGUGAUUGCCGGUAAGAUUGAGGAAAUCGAACUCCCUGAGAUGGUCGACGUCAUCAUCUCCGAACCAAUGGGUUACAUGCUGUACAACGAGCGCAUGUUGGAAACCUAUCUUCACGGUAAGAAGUGGCUUAGACCAGAUGGAAAAAUGUUCCCUUCACGGGGUGACUUGCACGUGGCGCCCUUCACUGACGAAGCUCUCUACAUGGAGCAAUACAAUAAAGCCAACUUUUGGAUGCAAACCGAAUUCCAUGGAGUGAAUUUGGUGGCCCUGAGAGAUGCUGCUAUGAAGGAAUACUUCCGGCAGCCAAUUGUUGAUACAUUCGAUAUUCGCAUUUGCAUGGCUAAGUCUAUAAGACAUGUAACCAAUUUUUUGACAGCAGAUGAAAAAGAUUUGCACCGCAUAAAGAUUGACGUUGAAUUUCACAUUCUUGAAACAGGAUCUUGUCACGGAUUAGCUUUCUGGUUUGAUGUUGAGUUUGCUGGUUCAUGCUCUCAAGUUUGGCUAUCUACGGCACCGACGGAAUCGCUUACGCAUUGGUAUCAGGUUCGCUGCUUAUUGCAAACACCAAUCUUUGUUAAGCAAGGUCAAGUGUUGUCCGGCAAAGUAGUUUUGGCAGCUAAUCAAAGGCAAAGCUAUGAUGUUGAAAUUGACUUGAAAUUGGAAGGAACACUUAUUACUUCCACCAACACCCUAGAUCUUAAAAAUCCGUACUUCCGAUACACUGGUGCUCCUGUUCCGGCACCACCAGGUUCCAAUACUACAUCACCAAGUGAGGCGUAUUGGGGACAACUAGAUGCUCAAGGGGCUCGAAAUGCAGUGAAUCUCGUAAAUGGAAUCACCGUAAACGGCCUUGGCGAAGUAGACAUGACGAUGAUUAACACCAACUUGAUGCCGAUUGGAAACCAACCGAAUAUUCAUCCCGGACUCAUUUCCAGUACUGGAAGACAGCAGUCUCAACAACAAGCAACUCCAACGCAACAGUUAGCAAUGAAUCCAACGAUUGCUUGCGCGGCUACUUCAACGCAGAAUGUAGCCCAACAGCAACUGAUUGGAGGCGCAAUUUCUCCAUCCUUAUUUACAACACCAACUCAGCAGAUUAUGAACAGUCACCAUGCACAGCCGAUCCACGGUGCUCAGUUUUAUUAGGCAUCUAUCGUUUUCUCCAAGGCAGCAUAUAAUCCAUGCACUGGAAUGCAAGACUCCAACAACUACACUUACACAUACACACUCAAGAAACGCUUUAUCAUCGCCGUUUAGGUUCACUGCGCUACUCUUAUUUUAAUUAUUUAAUUGUGUACCACUUUUGUUGAGAUUGACCGAGCGGGAUCCACCAAAGUCCUGCGGCCCCAAUAGAGUAUAUUACAUGCUUUUAUUUUCAAAAGUUAAGUUCACUUUUUAUGUCUCCUAGUUUUAAAUAGAUUUUCCAAUUAAAUUGUAUGUAAUCUGAUGCGUCGAACAGCGGAAA